AAUUUUUGCGUGGCGUCAGUAUAUAUAUACAUGCAAGUGCUGGUGUGAGGCGCCCACAAGCACGCUUAACUCUGAGAGACAAGCAAGCCCAGAACAGACAGCCGCAGUCAUGAAGGUGUUUAUUGUUCUAGCUGUUGCAGUGCUGUCUGGUUGCCAUGCUAACCUCUUCUACGCUGACGCACCUAAGCCGCAGCUGGAAGUGCUCACAGAUGCAUUCUGGGAUUACAUUGCCAAGGCUACCCAAACCGCUGAUGACACCGUGCAGAUGAUCAGGAAGUCCCAGUUUGGACAGGAAGUCAAUGCCCGCCUGGCAGACAGUACCGACAUAGCCAGCAAAUACGCGUACACCCUGCAGGAGCAGCUUCCCCCUGCAGCACAAGACCUGAUGACCAAGAUCACAGCCGAGGCGGACGUGCUGAGGAAUGUGCUCACCCAGGAGCUGAGCACCGUCAGGGAAAAGCUGGAGCCCUACACCGAGGACAUGAAGACCCAGAUCCAGCAGAGAGUGGAGCAGCUAAAACAGGAGCUUGCCCCCUACGCAGAGUCCGUGGACUCCGAGGCCCUGAAGAUCACCCUGAUGCAGAAGAGUGAGGAGCUGAAGACCAACCUGGAGCAGAGUGUGAAGGAUCUGCAGGCUCAGCUGGGGCCUUACACCGAUGACCUGAAGCUGAAGGUGGACCAGCACCUGCAGGACUUCCAGGACAGUGUGGCCCCCAUGACUGAGAAGGUCCAGGUUGAGCUGAGUCAAAGAGCUAAUGUGGUGAAGCAGAUGGUGGCCCCCUAUGCUGAGGACCUGAGGGAAAAGCUGGACCCCUACGCCCAGGACCUCCGGGCCCAGCUCAUGUCCCUCUAUCAAUCCUUUGUCAAAGGCAACUAGGUUUGCUCCAUAUUUAUCAAGAUGCUGGCCUUGUUUGGUCUGUUUAAAGCAUUCAAAGAUUCAAAUUUCCCUGUGAACAGAAUUAAACUAAUAUUUAUUACUAGUUGCAAAGUAAACCUCUGCACUUGGCAAAUAUGUAAAUACUAAGUUUUUAUUGUGUGUUGUGAACUUGGAGACUGUAAUGUAAUUUGUCAUUUCUUAAAAAUUGACAAGAAAAUAAAUUAAGAAGAAUUUAGAAAAUAUGCAUUUUUAUUGG